UUAUACAGAGCAAAUGGAGCGAAUGUGCAGGGUUUUCUUGGCAUUGCUGCUUGGUGCAAUAUUCAGUAAAGAGGCUUCAGCAGCUCAACAUGUUGUUGGGGGCAGCCAGGGUUGGGUUGAAUCUGCAGAUCUCAGUUCGUGGGCAUCCGGGGAGACAUUUAAGGUCGGCGAUCAACUUGUUUUCAAGUAUAGCUCAGGGCUUCACAGCGUGGUUGAACUAGCGAGUGAGAGUGCCUACAAGAACUGCGACCUGGGAACAUCAUUGAACUCUAUGAACACUGGAAAUGAUGUGGUGAAAUUGGACAAGCCUGGUACUCGUUACUUUGCUUGUGGCACAUCAGGCCACUGCGACCAGGGCAUGAAGGUCAAAAUCACCACGGUUUCUGGCAGCGCCCCAUCUACACCAUCAACUUCCGGAGCCUCUGCGAUCACCCCAUUUGCUUCCAUUUUGGUGGCAAUCGGUUUGCUUUAUAUGUUAUGAGUAUGUUAAAUUUUAAGCGGUUCAGUUACUGUCACAAUUUAAUUUGUUUCUAAGUUUGAAAGACUAGUGAUAAAAAUAUUCAUUUGUUUGAAAUAAGAUUGGCAGAUAGCUUUGUGUUUGAUAAA